GUCUCCGUUGUCUGGGAUCCAACCUGUCCUCCUCUUCUCUUUCUCAAAUGCCUGUCAUUCUUUUGGAGCCCAGGCCUUCAAGGGCCCAAGUUCCCCACACCCCCGCCUUGGCCCUUCCCUAGUCCCCGAGUCUGCCCUCCCUGGUGAGGCCCCUGGCCAUGAAACAGCCGCCUCAGAGAAGGCUCGGACCCUUCCCCUCUCUCUGGCCCCUUCCCGCCGCUCUCCCCCAGCACCUCCCUUCUAGGCAGUACUGAAGUCCUUCCCACACACGCGCUAUUUUUGUACCAUCACUCUCUCCUUCCUCUCUUGUUUCCCCGAACAUUCACUUCCUGCUUCUGCUCCCCCACUCCACCCCACUCCCGGCCCAUCUUCAAAGAUCUAGGCCCCUCUGGCCCGCACCUACCCCGCGUCGAAACCUUCUGCGUUGGGACCCCGGGGCAGGGCUACUUGGGGAGGGGCCAAAGGCAAACCUCCCCGCCCCCUCCACUCCCCUCCGCUGCGCCGCCAGCAGCCUCCGGCAGGCGGGAAACUGGGACCCACCAACUCGGCCGGAGUGCGGGGCCGGCGGAGAUCGACCGCAACUUCCCCGGUCCACCUUAAGACGAGGAUGUAGCCAGCUCACGGCGCUGACCUUACAAAAACAAGUUUGCGCAAAGUGGAGCGAGGGGCCCGACGUCUGGGCAGCCCAGGCGGUGCUUCCAUUGUCUCGCAGACUUCCUGGCGNCGCAGCCGCGGCCCAUGGAGCCCGCUGGCCUGCACCCGGGCCGCUUCGGGCCGCUGCUCUGCCUGCUACUCGCCGCGUCUUGUGCUUGGCCAGGAGCAGCCUCAGAGGAGAAUCUGCAGGUGAUUCAACCUGAAAAGUCAGUAUUGGUUGCUGCUGGAGAGACGGCCACUCUGCACUGUACUGUGACCUCCCUCUUCCCUCUGGGGCCCAUCCAGUGGUUUAGGGAGCGAGAAAAAAGCCGGGAGUUAAUCUACAAUUUCAAAGGAGGUCACUUCCCCCGAGUCACAAAUGUGUCAGACAACACAAAGAGAGACACCAUGGACUUUUCCAUCCGCAUCAGUAACGUCACUCCAGCAGAUGCUGGCACCUACUACUGUGUGAAGUUCCAGAAAACCAGCUCUGACGACAGAGAGUUUCAGUCUGGAGGAGGCACCGAGCUGUCUGUGCGUGCCAAACCUUCUCCCCCUGUGGUGUCUGGCCCUGUGGUGACGGCCACACCUGGGCAGACAGUGAACUUCACGUGCAAGUCCCAUGGCUUCUCCCCCCGAAACAUCAGCCUGAAGUGGUUCAAAAAUGGGAACGAGCUCUCCGACUCGCAGACCAGCGUGGAUCCCGUGGGCAAAAGCGUCUCCUACAGCAUCUCUAGCACAGCCAAGGUGGUACUGGACCCUGGGGAUGUUCGCUCACAGGUCAUCUGUGAGGUGGCCCAUGUCACCUUGCAGGGGGUCCCUCUUCGUGGGAUUGCCAACUUAUCAGCCAGCAUCCAAGUUCCGCCCACCUUGGAGGUCACCCAGCAGCCCACAAUGACAGAGAACCAGAUGAACGUCACCUGCCAGGUGAAGAAUUUCUACCCCCAAAGACUGAAGCUGACCUGGUUGGAGAAUGGAAAUGUGUCCCGGACAGAAACAUCCUUGAAUGUCACAGAGAACAAGGAUGGGACCUACAGCUGGACAAGCUGGAUCUUGGUGAAUUCAUCUGCUCAUAGGGAGAAUGCAGUGCUCACCUGCCAGGUGGAGCAGGAUGGGCACCCAGCGGCCACCAGAAACCUGACCGUGCAUGUCUCUGUCCCUCCAAAAAAGGAGGGCAUGGAUACCACUCCUGACAAAAGUGCCAAAAACAACUGGAAUGUCUUUAUCGUGGUGGGUGUGGUGUGUGCCUUGCUGGUAGUCCUGUUGAUGGCGGCCCUCUACCUCCUCCGAAUCAGGCAGAAAAAAGCCAAGGGGUCCACUUCUUCUACAAGGUUGCAUGAGCCCGAGAAGAAUGCCAGAGAAAUCACCCAGGUACAGUCCUUGAUCCAGGACACAAAUGACAUCAAUGACAUCACUUAUGCAGAUCUGAAUCUGCCCAAGGAGAAGAAGCCUGCUCCCCGGGCUGCUGAGUCCAACAACCACACAGAGUAUGCCAGCAUUCAGACAGGCCCACCACCCCGGCCAGAGGAUACCCUCACCUACGCUGACCUGGACAUGGUCCACCUCAACCGGGCACCCAAGCAGUCGGCCCCUAAGCCUGAGCCAUCCUUCUCAGAGUAUGCCAGCGUCCAGGUCCAGAGGAAGUGAGUGGGACUGCUCAGCCUCGGGCCUGUCCUCACAAGCGUUCAUGUCCCACAUGGAAGGGCCAUGGUGAGGGUAGCCAGCCAGUUCUCAAUGGCCAGGUGGCGUAGGCCCUGGGACCAGGAGCGAGGGUGGCUCUUGUCUGCCAUUCCCCUUGGCUCUCCAGCUUGUCCAGGACAACCCUGCCCCCUGAUCCUGUCCCACAUCUGGAGACUGAUGUAGCUGAACCAGCCGGGGUAGAGUCCUGGGAGCCAACCAGAGCCACCUGGGCUCCAAGAACUGUUGUGCCUCUGGUCGUCAGGCACCAGUCUGGUUGUGGUCUUAAGAGACCUUGGGCUGCCUCCUCAAUGCUCGAGCCUGAUCUAGGUUGAGGAGGAAAAGAUCCCACCUUCUGCCUCCUCCACCCAGCUGGGGAUUUAGGAAAAUCUUUCCUUUAGAUCAAACUGCCCCAUCCAUGGAGAAGCUGGAAGACCUGAGACCUGUGCCCCAAGACUUGGCGAGGUUGCUGCCAGCAGUCCUGGCCUCCCUAACUUGGGCCCCUCUGAGAUUCCCAGGGCAUUGAUCAGGCUGAUAUGGGGUGCUCUUCUUCGCCCCACCUCUCCUUUCCAGACCCUAGCUUGCUUCCUACAGCCAGCACUAACUCAGCAGCAUCACCCCGUGGACGCCUGUAAAUUAUCGAGAAAUGUGAACUGUGCAAUCCUGAAGCCGAGGUGUUAGAAAACUUGAUCUGUGGUGUUUUGUUUUGUUUUGUUUUUUCUUAAAACAACAGCAAUGUUAUCUUGGCUCUUUGUCAUGUGUUGAAAUUCAUGGUAGGGUCUUGUGAAGUCUGAGGUUUUAACGAUUUGUUGUCCUGGAGGGAUUUUCUUACAGCUGAAGCUUGAGUUUCCUCCAAGACCCAGAGCCCUGAGGGUGGGGAAGAACAGUCCCUUCAGCUGCUCAGCGGGGACAUUGAGCCUUCUCUCUGGGACUCAACUCAGCCUUCUCUCUGGGCCCAGCCAAACAGCAGGGUACUGUGCUAAGUGCCACCUGCCCAGUGCCACAGCCGUGUCUGGAUCUGAUGCCUCAGUCUGCUCUUCCGUAAAGAGGGGAGAGGGACAAUGACACCCUCCCCACCAUCUCACAAGCACUUUAGGGACGUGCAGAGGGGAGGGACACUGAGCUGGGCCAUUUGCCCCACCCCUUUAGCCAUUGCCCCCUUCUAGCUCUCUGAGCUGAUCUCUUUCUGCUCUCAAACUCCAUUGGGAUGAAACUGGAAUAGAUCCUCGUCACAGCCUGGAUAGCUCAGCUGUGAGCCAGGGCUGAUCCACCCUCUGUCCCUCUGUGACCACAUUACCAUCUGACCACCACCCUUCCAGCCUGGGCCUGCCUGGGCCAGGCAGUGUUGCAACCCUGGUUACUGAGUCUUCAUACGUAACUCACUGAGUCAAGACACCAGUGUCCAUGACCCUGGGCUAUAGGAUGCCCAGGGAACUCUGGGCCCAAGUUGUCAGAGCAAGAAGCUGAGCUGUCCUACCUGUUUGCACAGGUGCAGCGGGAGAACUUUUAAGAGCUCAACAGAGACCAGCUCGCUGGGGUCAGUGACUCAGUGUUUUGUACACGAUGGCAUGCAGGAGUGAGCUGAGCCAACAGGCCAUGUGGGCAGCAUUGGCCGAACAAGGCAGGGCUCCUCUGGCAUCUGGGAGCUACAAUGUCCCGGCCACCUGCCCAAGCUGCUUCCCAGUUUUGAAGGCUUGGCUUAUAAACAAACCUUCAUUUUCCUCUCUUCUGCUCAGAGACAGCACAUGCGUACGUGCAAGUGUGUGUGUACACACAGGAUUUUAAAAUAAUGUUUUCUCGGUGCCAUUUUAAUUUGGUGAAGGGAUAAGGGAAUGAGGCCAGUGAGGCAGGCAUGUGUGGCUUUAGCUUUGGCCGGGCAGCCUGGAGGGUCCCCAUGCCAUGUGUAUGUGUAUGGAGCCCUAUAAAACAGAAGAGGUUGAAACAACCCUGCAGAAGGAGCGUGGUUUGGGAGUUUUAUUUUCAGACUUGGGAAGGAAACAGGCCCCAUUUUGUAUAUAGUUGCAACUUAAACUUUUUGGCUUGCAAAAUAUUUUUGUAAUAAAGAUUUCUGGG